AUGGUGUCGGGGUCAGGGAUAUGCGCGAAGCGCGUGGUGGUGGAUGCUCGCCACCACAUGCUAGGCCGAUUGGCGUCGAUUGUGGCGAAGGAGCUGUUGAAUGGACAGAAGGUUGUGGUUGUCCGGUGCGAGGAGAUUUGUCUCUCCGGGGGACUUGUCCGUCAGAAGAUGAAGUACAUGAGGUUCCUCCGCAAGCGUAUGAACACUAAGCCUUCUCACGGGCCCAUUCAUUUCCGUGCUCCGUCCAAAAUCUUCUGGCGCACCGUUCGCGGUAUGAUUCCGCACAAGACUAAGCGUGGAGCUGCUGCUCUUGCCCGCAUGAAGGUCUUUGAAGGUGUUCCUACUCCAUAUGACAAGAUCAAGAGGAUGGUCAUUCCUGACGCCCUCAAGGUCUUGAGGCUGCAAGCCGGGCACAAAUACUGCCUGUUGGGCCGUCUUUCUUCUGAAGUCGGGUGGAACCACUACGACACCAUCAAGCAGGAGCUGGAGAACAAGAGAAAAGAAAGAUCUCAAGUGGUUUAUGAGCGAAAGAAGCAACUUAACAAACUCAGAGCUAAGGCCGAGAAGGUUGCGGAAGAGAAGCUUGGAUCUCAGUUGGACGUUCUUGUACCUGUCAAGUACUGA